AUGGAGAGUGACAUUGUCGAGGAAGACGUAGAUGACAUAUUCUUCCCCCCAGCGAAGCCGGUCAGAGCCGCUUCACGUCCAGCCCGCGCUGGUCGUCGAGCCAUGUUAGCUUCUUCGGACGAACAGGAUGAUUCGGGUGCAGGAGAUCAACCCACGACGUAUGGGAGCAGCAUAGCACAACGAAAUGAUACAAGAGUGCAAUCAGAGGAAACGGCUGCAGACAAAGGAACAGGGUCUUCCGGUUACUCCGCCAGUCUUGGGAGUUAUAAUCCCUCGAAUCGGAGACGGAGAAACUUCUUGUUGGGCGGCUUGAUAAACAAGGACCCUGACAAUGAUGACGAUGGCAAGGAGAAUGUCGUUGACAACUCAGAAAGCAACGUUUCAUCUGAGAGGCAAGAAAAACUACGACCGAGCUUCUCCUCAUCGCCGCAACCUGGGCAGGACAACAAUUACAGUCAAGACAGGACCAACCCAACCUCCUAUCAACAGCAAGAUUCUGCUCCAUCACGAUCGCCUGGGCCUGGUGCACAGGCUCCAUCGUUCAUGGGGAGAGAUGCGAGCAAUGCGGUUGUGCAACCUGCACAGUAUAGUGGCUCUGUUGAUCCGCCUCAGUCCUCCAAGCCGAACUUUCCUUUGAUGCAGAAUGCGAACGCAGCGGAGUCGAAGCAAGGAUCGAUGAGCAACGGGAUGAUGAUGGGUGUUGGGCUCAACUCUAUGGCUGCGCCUUCCUCCAUGCCAGCGAAAGGAGGCUUCAAGUUCAAGUUCGGGGGGAAGGGAGUGGAGCUUCCGUCGGCAGGGGGGAUGAUGGCGAUCCACGAGGAGAGAGGUCAAAACACUCAGGGAGAGGAUCAAAGUCUACAAGGAAACCGACACAUGUCCUCGUCUCCCUCAGCUGUUGGACCUUCUGUGCGAUCCUCCCACCAGUCUCAUCACAGUUUCGCCCCGUCCAGGUCGGAGGAGAGUUCGAUCUCCCCAGAGACCUCCAAGCCGAAGCACAGGCGGGACGGAGAUGUGAAAUCGUUCAAGAGCGAUCGGCUGAGACUGUUGGAGGAAGAGCUGAACGCGCUGGAAGUCACCCAGAAGCUUUCAAAUGCUUACGUAGAUGACAAGGGACAAGAUCUGAAGACGAAGCAGAGGAAGAUGAAUGAACCAAGAUCUGCUGAGAUUGACGUCCAGGCAAAGGUGGACACAGGUCUUCGACAUGGAAACGAUUCAGAGAGCAUCAAGGCGGAGUUGCUGAAAGCUUACAAGCAAGCCGAGGAAUACAGGAGGCAGUGCGAGAGGUAUAAAACACAGCUUGAUCAAUUCACAAACGCAUAUGAUGAGAUAGCAAGACUGAAGAAUCUUGUUGCAGAGAAGGCUUGCCCUCUUCUCUCUCGACUGACGUCUGUGCAGGAAAGGAGCUCGUUGAACAAGGUACAUCGCCAGUACCAGAAGGAGUACAAGGGGCAGGAGACACUGGAGGCAGAGCAUGCGGAGAGGAUGCGGAGGCUGAACGAGGAGCUGAGGGUCUCCAAGGCAAGAGUCGCCAAGUACAAAGAGAUUCAUGCUGAGCUCGAGUCGCAACUCACCAAGGCAGAAGACAAGAGUCGAGAUCUGGAUCAAAAGAAUCGACAACUCCGGGAGAAGCUCCGGGCAGUGACGGGGCUAGCGAUGCUGGAGCAGGAGGUCAAGGCGCAGCUGGAGGAGAAGGAUGCGUUGAUCAAGAAGCUGGAACAUGACAACCUUGUGUUGAAGAGGGUUGCUGAAAGCUCUGAAAAGAAGCUCAAGGCAAAAUCGAAGGAGCAGGCGGUGGGAAACCAGGACCUGCGGGAGCACUGCAAGUUCUUGGAGGAGGAGAUCGAGAACAAGAACCGUGAGCUGCGCGAGAGUCAGGUCAUCAUCAAGAAGCAGCAGUCACAGCUGAAGAGGAUGCGGUUGGACUUCAACAGCCUGCAGAAGUUGAAUCAGCCGAUUGAAGAUAAUGAGAGCGGCAACACAUUCCUCACUGGAAUAGAUCGAUACGGCAGAAACUUACAAUCGCACCCCCCGGACUCUGCGAACAUGCAGAUGGAUGCAGAGUUCUAUCGACAUUCUUCUGCCGGCUCCAAGAGCACGAGCGAGGCUGAUUCGGACGCGAGAUCUGACAGAUCGAGGCAGCAGAGCCGCAAGAAGGUGAUGGCCAAGAAGGGCAGGCCGGGAGAGAAGAAGAGGAGGAGCAAGGUUGUCAACGAGAACAACGAGAUGGUCCGGCUGGACGAUGGGUGGAAGGAGGAGAGAGGAGGGAACAAGGCGCAGAGAAAGCCGAUCACGCCGGCAGACAUGGCAGGCAAGCUGGACUGGUCAAAGUUUCUCAACGGCUGCUUGACUCGCUCGCAGGACUUUACAGCAAGAACAAGAAGAUCCCAACUCUCAAGAUCGACGAUGACGUCUCAGACCGGUCUGCUCGGCCUCCUGGCUGUCAUGCUGCUGUUUCAUCCUCACCUGCAGCAGGAAGUCGAUGACCUACGAGUCCUUACUGAGCCCGGAUGCCAGGAAGGCGUUGGAUGA